UUCAAUUGUGUUUAGAAAGAGUUACGGCAGAAGAACAAAGAAAAAUGCAACAACAGAGAUUAAAAAAAAAGGUCCGAAGAGGACACUCAAAAGUUCAAAACCAUGCACAUGCAGAGCUUAGAUCAUUCCUACAAGGGGCAUAGAAACUUUUAGUUGCAACAGUUAUAUUUCUCCAUCAGCAUCUUUUAUGAACACACCAGCAGCUCCUUGCAAAAUCCGCUGUUACCGAUCCUAAACUAAGCAUUCGAUGAACAAAGUUGCAUAUGCUUCGAGAGCCGAGAGGAAAUUUGCUUUCCUUGCUCACACUUUCAAGUCCUUUCAUGUAAGAUAGAGCCCCACAUGAAAACCAAAGUUAUGAAAAUGGUUAUGACAAGUAACAAGAUGACCAGAUUUUACCAAACACAAACUUGCUGGUCAUCCGUUCCAUUAUAGAAGCUAAUUGGGAUGGGCGAAAAUAAAGCAUUUAUGACAAUUUCCAAAGUAAAGGCCUUCUAACAUUCAAAAAAGAAAAAAUGACAGUGGUGAUUGUGACUUCAGAUUCAAGAAUACAGAGAGUACAAAGAUAUUUUUAAAUUUUGUUGUUCUUAUUCAAAAUCUUUAACAGCAAAGGACAAAUGACAUUUUCAACACACAUCUACAAACCUUAGGAAGGACAAGACUCAUCCAACUUCAUCUACCUCCAAAUCAAACUCAGAUUCUAAAAGUUAGCACUUACUUCAUAGACUUCACACCAGUUUACACAACUAUUCAUCAAACUUUAUCUAAGACAGAUGUCAGAUAUGUAUUUAUUAAACAUAUAACCACAAAAAAAAAAAAUAAUAAUAGUAAUAAUAAAAUGGUUUUCUUAAAAAUAGAAACUUAUCAGUGAGUAGCUACAAUCAUGCAUGCAAAAUCUGUUUCAAGAAAGUGACUUCUCUUCAGCUCGUUUUGGUGCUUCACAUCACAAUCAAUAGUAGUUGUGAGCCAACAAUGUUAUUUCCAUCAUUUUCAUUUCAAGAACAGGCACUAAUCAUCCAACCAGUUCCAAGAAAUUUAAUACAUCCAAUAUGUUCUGUCCUAGAAUCAUUUGGACAAUUAUCAGAAUGGUAGGAAAUUUUCUGAAAAUUUAAGGAUUACCUGCAAGCUUCUGUUUCACUUCAUCAGUAAUCUAGUUAGCCUUCUCAAAAGAGAGCUUCUGUUCGUUUUUUAAAGUAUUUCAAGAAAGGAGGAAGGGUAAAAUAUGAAAGCAGCCAUGGUUGGAAAAGGUUAAGACAUACAAAAGAAGAUUCGAGAUAAACAAGAUCUGUAUACUUAUCUUAAUUUUUCCUCUUUAUGGCUUUAUCCCUCUUUACACUAAAAUCUUGAUCAAUCUCACUCUAUUUCCACAAACAAUAGAAAAUCAAUCCAAUCAUAGAUGCUUACAUAUGCCUAUACAUAUUGGAUAACAUGUAUAUCCUUAUCAUGGACCCUACUUAUCAGCGAGUUUCAACAUCAGAAAAUGAGGUUGUGACCAGUGAGGCAGAUCACAGGUGCUAGCUAUCUAGCAAUGAUCUUCAUUUACUUAAUUUUGAAGGAAAACAUAAAUUACAUCCACGUCCAAACGGUAAAUGUAUGAUUUUUAUUGGCCAGUUCAAUUUAAAUGAUUCAUAUAAAUAGUUAGGCCAGCAAGCUUUGAGAAACAAAGUCAUGACAGAGUUUAGACAAGACCUGCAUCACUUUGAGUCGUCCAAAGCAUCAUCUGAAGAAAGGGGUUUGAAUAUGGAAGUCAUAAACCAGUUCUCUAAUAUGACAGAGAGCAUGUUAGAGGGUCUCAAUGAAACAGAGUUCUCAGUGGAAAACUUCUUGGGUUACAAUUUCCAGUUACCAGAAAAUGCAACGCCAAGCUUGACUUCCGAUUUUCCUUGUGUUACUCUAGUGAAAUGUCAGAACGAGUUUCCGGCAAUAACUCGAAGCAGUCUGAUGGUAGAUAAGGCUCAAAAAACCAUGAAGAUAAAAGCAAAGCAAGUAUCAGAAAGCAGCUCAGAAACCCCUUGUGCAGCUUUUGGAAACGACAGUAGUAAUGCUAGGAAUUUGAAAAACUUAAGAGGAGGAAGGAAAAGAAGGAACUGUGAGAAAGAACCAAAAAAGCCUGCAGAAGUAGUUCACGUUAGAGCAAAAAGAGGUCAAGCUACAGAUAGUCACAGUUUAGCGGAAAGGGUGAGAAGAGAGAAAAUCAACAACAAAUUAAAAUGCUUGCAAAACCUUAUUCCAGGUUGCCACAAGACAAUGGGUAUGGCAAUGGUGUUGGAUGAGACUAUCAAUUACGUUCAUUCACUACAGAAUCAGGUUGAGUUUCUCUCAAUGGAGCUUGCAGCUGCAUGUUCAUCUCUAGGCAUAAAUUUUGGCGUGGGAGCUAUCAGAAAAGCUUUGGUACUCCAACAACUUCACAAAAGAUUAUUAACUUUUGACAUUUUAUUUUCUACUAUUGAAACUGUUGGGUAAAUGAGUGCCUA